UCCCAACUGCCACUGAGGAAAGGCCGGUGCCCAUUGACUCCUGUUCCCUGGGGGGGGGCUGUUAGUGGGUCUCUCCUCCACCUGAAGAUGUUCGGGCUGUCCGGAGAGGAGAACAUUUACAACCUGCUGCCCUCGGGAGAGAAACAACCCACCAAGUCACCCAGGUAUAUAUCAGUAUUCCAGCCCUUUGUAAAACGAGAAAUAGAAGAGAGGAAGACGCAUCCCUGCAAGACGAUGGGAAUUCCUAAGCUCCAGGUCCCCACUCCCCAAGAUUUCCUCCGGAAACAUGCCAAGGAACCCAAGCUUCCGAAACGAAAGAAAGGCCAAAGUGCCAAGAAGCCGCCCGAGCUGAACGUGCCCAAGAGGACCGACCGCCCUGUCAUGGGCAUCUGGAGCCAGAAGGAUUUCAUCGCCACCAACAUCGCCGAGGCCAUCGUGGGGGUCCCCAAGAAGCCCACCCACGCCUGCGUCGACGUGCGGAAGGGCGACAAGUUUCUGGUGGAAAAUUCAGGGCUUGUUAAAAAAUACCUCAAGAAAAAGGAUUUUGGUGUUACACCAAGAUACAUAAAGAAGCGAAACCAGGAAGCCAAACGAGCCCAAGAGGAGAGGGACGCCGGCCGGGAGGAGACCCUGGGCGGGAGAGGCCUGACCCGGCUGGCCCGAGAAGAGAGGGAAGCCGUGCUGGAGGGCCUUAAGAAAAACUGGGAGGAGAUCCAUAAGGAAUACCAGAGCAUGUCCCUGCUGGUGGACACCGUUCCCCGGAAGCUGCACCAAGAGAAGCUGGAGGUGCAGAUGAAGCAGCUGGAGCACGACAUCGGCGCCCUGGAGAAACACCGUCUCGUCUACAUUGCAGACUAGUCGGGACCUGCCCUCGGUGUGUCCCGGGCCUGAGCCGGGCGAGCGCAAACCUUGGCAGGCCUCCCUGGGGUCCCGGAGUGGAAAGCCCCCUGCCGCCCCUCAGGUCCCUCCCGUGGAAGCCAAGGAGGUGUCAGAGAGGCUUCAACCCGGGGGGGGGGGAGGGAAGGGUCUCCAGGUGCCUCCUUGUCUGUUUGUUCUACAACUAGUGAGACGUUCCUCUGUUUCCUGUAGCAGGCAAACAGCAACCUGUGACACCCCAUUAACACUCCCAACCUGGCUGAACCCCAACACUCGUCAUCACGCCCCCCACCCCCCUACCCUGGAGGAGGUGUGCUGUUUAGGCUGAAAGAGAUCAGAAGGCCACUCUUUCCCCACCUUGGUUCUUUGAGACAGUAUAAAUAAUAAAUUGGUUAAACACUAGGGGAAAAACAGAUAUUUUAGCAAGUCCCUUAAACUAAGCAUUGAAUAGUGUUACGUUUUGGUUUUAAGAACUGUAUAUAAUAAAUCUAGUUUGGGCUAUUUUCUUUUU